AUGCCACGUCCGUUACGUACUCGUAAACGUACAGUAUUGGGUGAGAGAACGGAUAAUCAUAAUGUUAAACAAGAAAAAGUUGAUGCACACAGCGUAAAUGCCGAACUUGUAAAAGACGCGGCCACUCAUAUCGAAUUAUCCUCAGAGAAGCUUUCAAAUAAAACAUCACACGCUACUGGCAAAUCCGCUUUAUGUAUAGAAGAUGAUGACCCUUUGUCUAAUAACAUAUCAGAUACGACUGCACAAAUCAAAGGGACCGAGAUAGCAGCACCAAAGUCUCUAACAAAACAUGGAGGUUCCCAAAACCCCGCUUCGUCAUCAGUCAAAGGAAAUAGACAUCAACAGAAAUUGGCCGAUGUUCGUAGUUCAAAAAAACAGCCCUCGCGUGAUAGCUCGUGUUCAGAUCAUGAUUCAGACGAUCCCUUUGGUUUUGCAAAAGCAGAAAGAAAAGCCAAGAGAUAUGAUAGUUACAGUAAAGAGAAAUCGAAUGAUCAUACUACAGGCAACCAGGAUGUGGAGGAUGAGGUUGUCAUGAUAGAGGAGAUCUCUGAAUCUUUAUCUCAAGAAACUAGUAAUUCUAAACCCAAAGCGAGCACAACUUGUCAGCAGACAUGCCAAGCAGAUACCGGUGGAGAUCAGCGCCUCGAAAAAGGCAACGAUUUGGAAGAACCUGUUAAAUCAGAUUCAGUAGAAGACGUGAUUCAUGCCCACUCGCCCGAAUCAAUCCAACAUGAACUUCCUCUACCGGAUAACCAACCGUCUGAUGAAAUACCAGUGAAAAGCGAGCACCAGCAGAAGGCGAAAUCCAUUGCCAAGAAAAGUCGCCCAUCCCGGACGCAGCGUAAGAGAAAAGAUGGUGGUGACAAAGACGAAGCGAAUACAGACGCGCAACCUGAUAUAAAGCAAAAGAGACGAGCUUACAAGGGUCGGAAUACCAAUAGUAGCAAAAAACAAAAGUUGAACCAAAGUCGACUGGAAACAAGCGAGUCAGAACAAAUUGAGGCGUAUUCCAAUGAUGAUCAGGAAACAGGGUUGGAAAAUGAGAAAUUGCGACGGAUUCAACAUUUCGAAGAAGUUGACAAGUUUGUUCUACCUGUUGAUAAAGUCACUACAAUCGACGAAACGGAUGAAACUGAUCCAAGUUCUUCAAUUUCUCAUAUUCUGCUUAUCGAAUAA